AUGGAUAUUUUAAGAGAAAAAGAGCGUUGGCUUUCUAUUACAACUGAAGAGCAAGGAAAUAUUAAAAAAUUUUGUAAUCCCAAAUGGCCACAACUUAAAAGUGCUCUUAGUUUUUGGGUUAAUAACGCUCUUAUGUCAAAUCAAAAUAUCGACGGUCAUAUUCUUAAAAUGAAAGCACAGUUUUUUGCUAAUAAUCUUCAUAUUGAUGAUUUUAACCAGUCAAAUGCAAGUGCUCCUUCUGCUGAAUCACUAGAAAAUGAUAGAAUCAUAUUACAACAGCUACUUAGACCUUAUCGACCUGAAGAUAUUUGGAAUGCUAAUGAAACUGAUCUUUUUUGGAAAAUGGAACCUUCUCAAACUUUAGCUCGUUCUAAAGUAGCUGAACAUAAAAAAUAA